AUGGCCGCCGCCCGACACCAUUGGGCUCCCGGAGUCCUCUGGGCUUUGCUGCUGUUACAGCUGCUCGCCCUCACUCUUGCCCAGUCUGUCCCGAUCGUCACCACCCCUCUCGAGUGUGCCUGUGGGAACUUCACGCCCGGCACCAACACCCUCAAGUUCAGCAAUGGAUCUUCCUCUGUCUGCCCUUGUACCUGUGUGAAGACCACCUGGGUCCCUACCACAUACACCGAGGUCUACACUAUCUACGAUUCCACGACUUCUGAUGCCCCUUCCAGCUCUUUCAGGUCGACCCUGAGAUCAGGCGGCUUUCAGUCUGCCAACAGUUCAGUCCCUUCGAGUCCCGGAGGUGGAGGAGGCGGUGGCGGAGAUGAUGAUGAUGAUGACGGUGACCACGGCGGAGAUAAUGAUCAUGGAGGAGACGACGACCAUGGAGGAGAAGAUGAUCACGGCGGAGAUGACGACCAUGGCGGCGACGAUGAUCAUGGAGGUGAUGAUGAUCAUGGAGGUGACGAUGAUCAUGGAGGGGAGGAUGACCACGGCGGAGAUGAUGACCACGGGGGCGACGAUGGUCAUGGCGGCGAUGACAAUGGCGGCGGACAUACAACCGACAAUCAAGAUGAGCUCGCUCUCCACGGCUUCAGAAUCGAUCUCGGUCUCGACCUCCUCGAUAAGGGACGCAACAUCCUCGGCCAUGGCAUGGAGAUUGGCUUCGGCACCAAUAACCCAGCCGGCAACACAGAGCCCGAUGACCCCGAGCCCUCCCACUCAUCUUGCACCCAGACAUACACCAUCGCUCCUCACUGCACCCAGCCAUGCGUCGUCUCACAGAUUCGAAGCCAGGGCAUGAGCAGCUUCACCACCAGCUGCGCGACAGCCACCUGCCGAACCACGCAGCUCUGCACCAGUAUCGAGACCACCACCACAACCACUUACACGACCAAGAAGCCCGAUCCCACCGCCGGCUGCAUGGCCGGAAAGUGCCUUUCAUGCCAGGAGAACAACAAGCUGGAAGCUCGACAGGGCUGGUGGGACGAGGACAUUCUCACCGAGACCAUUUCUGAACCUGAAGAAUGGCACGAAGGCGAGUACGAGUGGUGGGAGAAGAUGCGCCGCAUCGCAAACGAGACGGGACACGACUCCUCGGCCUCCUGGGAAGCUUUCGGCCCUACCCCCCACGGCGGCGGCGCCGGUCCCGUCUGGGGCUGUACCAUCAUCGCCUCCUUUUCCCCCGAGGGCGUCUACGCCAACCACCUGUGGGAGAUUCCCAACUUCGCCAUCCCCCCUGACGAAGAGAAGCACUUCAAGGUCGACAAGGGCUACAGGGCGCCCUACUACUUUGAGCAGAACGUCAACCGCUUCCUCCAGUAUGGCUCGCUCGACACGCCCAAGCAAAAGGAAUUCCCUGCGCUGUGCCCGAUGAACCUCCCCGGCGGCCCCCUCUACGGCGACAAUUACCAAUUCUUCCGCACAAUCAUGUUUGUUCCCAUCGAGACGACGGGCAAUAUGUACUACGCCCAUCAAAACGCCAAGAUCAUGGCGAUUCUCACCGAGAAGUGCAAGAUUGAUAAGAAGUACAUCACCAUCUACGGGUACGAAGUCAAAGAAGCGCUCGACAAGGACUUCCAAUAUGACCUCGGUCGCGCCACGCCUCCGCCUGACCGCCGCGCCUCGAACCCCUGGGACGGCCUCCUCAGCUGGCAGUACACGCCCAAGGGCCCCAGCGGCCAGAGGGAGCUCGUGGUCCGCUUCGAGAAGAGUAUUCCGGAGGCCCCCGUCCGGUUCGACCUCAGACCGAGUCCCCCUCACGAUCCCAACCAGGAUACGACUCGCCCUUCUAACAACGGUUCUCCCCCCCCUUCUGAUGAUGACGAUACGCCUCGCCCUUCUGACACUGGCACUCCUCGCCCUCCCUCAAAGAAGCUCAAACUCAGACAAGAUGAAGGAACCUGUCCUCGAAUGAUCGCCUGCGGUCUCGGCUCUCCGACGUUGAGCGUGUGCGACUACAAGAAGUUCCCUCCGCCGCCCAUGGAAGGCCCCUCGGCUCUCAAAGCUCGAGCACCUCCUUCUAACGACCCCAAUAAGGGCCCGAUACAGGCGGAGCUCGAUCUCGAAUCAAAAAUCAUGAUCGAACCCAAGGAUUCCCUCGGCGGCGAACGGUGGUGGUACACCCGCAUGCGCCACAUCGUCGACGAGCGAGGCCCCGGCUACGGCGGUAUCAAAAACGUCCCCGAGGUCUGGUCCACGAGCGCCAUGAUCAGAUUCAACAAAGAGGUUGACGGCACUUACACGAACCGGCCGCGCUUUGGCGGCUCGGGACCCGUUUGGGGCUGCACCGUCGUCGUCGUCGCGUCCCCGGCCGGCGUCUGGACGAGCCACAUGUGGGAGAUUCCCACCUUCAGCCUGGGCCAGGAGUUUGGCAGCUCCAGUACGACCGAGUGGACCAAGUUCUACCCAAAGUCGCAGAUUGAGUACUUCCGAGAAGGCGUCGUGGACUUCAUGUUGUGGGGCAACAAUCGCGGCUCCUACAGACAACUCAAGGACGGCAAAGUCCCCACGCGCAACCCGGGCUUCGUCGAGUUUGCGGCGAAGAACUCUGGCGAGCCCUUUGACGCCAGGACCAAGACGUGGCUUUGGGCCGGUAUCAUUACCCGAGCUCACAAGGACAUGAGGGGCGAGCCGCUGCAGUACCAAGACUCGGCGAUGCGAACGCAAUACAGCUGGCAGGUGGAACAGAUUCAAAACAUCUUGAAGCAGAAGCUGGGCAUCAACGACAAGAACCUCAUCAAGAUCAUCACGUACGCCCCCCGCAGGGAUAUGGCGCAGAGCAACCCCAACAUGCCGCCCGAGUACGGCCUCGUCAACUGGCAGUAUCACCCUGAGCACACUGAGGAGGGUAUGACCCACUCAGAGAGGAAGCUGCGCAUCCGGUUCGAGAACCAAGUCAUCUUUGAGAAGACGUGGUGCGGUUCCGGCAACAAGGUCAUCAUUGCAGACGGAUCCAAGCCGCCCCCGCAGCCUCCUUCGAAGCACCGUCGACAGGGAGAUGAGGGUGGUGAGGUCGAGGCUUGUAUGUUGGCUCAAAGCUCGUCGUCCGCUGCCGCUUCCGCUUCGUCCGUUGCCGCGUCCCGUGCUUCCGUGCUCCCGCGUCCCACCCAGGCUUGCAGUGCCGACGCCGAGUGUGGCUCUCUUGUAUGCCCUCAACCCCGGUUCGGUGCCUGUUUGUAUGGUUUCUGUCGAUGUGCUCUCUCCGAGAGUCUCAGCUACACCAAGACUCCUGCUACUCCGACUCCCAUCACCGCCUGUAACACGACCCAGGACUGCUCAUCCCUCUCCUGCUCCGGCAACCAGACCUACGCCUGCAUCACCAAGGAUAACAACCCCAAGUCAACCUGCCACUGCGUCGACCGCCCCAAGCUCUUCGAGCCCUGCGCCGCGGCAGCAGACUGCGCUCACCUGAAGUGCGACGCAAACCACUUCUCCACCUGUCGCCCCCUCGUCGACUUCCCCGGAGCAGACUCCAUCUGCCAAUGCGAAGCCCUCGCCCUCAAGCCAGGCGCCUUCUGCACAGUCGACUCCCACUGCGACGGCCUCCCCUGCGACGGCAAACAGAACCGUCGUGGCAAGUGCAUCAAGCCCUCGUCCGACGAUACCGGCGGCGUCGGCCUCUCAGGCGGCUGCCAGUGCGACUACUACCAAUCCGAAGGCGUCGGCUGCUCCUCGCACGACGACUGCUCCACCAUCCGCUGCACCGAAGAUGAACCCUACAAGUCCUGCACCAUCCCCGACGGGCCCCCCGACAAGACGGCCAACAUCUGCGCCUGCGCCGCCGAGAAGCCGCCCCGCCGUCUCGCCGAGGGCGACAAGUGCACCGCGCACAAGGAGUGUGCCACGAUCGGAUGCACAGAGUACGAGGUCUCCGUCUGCGAGCGCGGCACCUGUCGCUGCGGCAACUUCAAGUGCGGUUCGAGCCGUGACUGUGACUCCAGUGCGCUCGAGUGCGCCGGCAAGGGGAACCUGUGGUGCGGCGACAAGGGCAUGUGCGAGUGUAAGCCUUGCACUGAGCGCUGGAAGGGCUUGACGUGUGGGAAGGAUGCGGAUUGCAACCACUGCUGCAAGCGCGGAACCUUGCCCAAGUGCAAGUAUACUUGCCUCGCCUUCUGGUGUGGUAGCGAGUGUCAGUGUGAUCUUUGGUAG